ACACAUGCUUGUUUUUGUUUUACUAAGGCUUGGCGAGCAGUAAAUCGCGCAAAAAUGGCUUCGUUUUUUAUGCUGGACACUGCCGGCGAUGAGCAGCUGUUUGGUGAAAAUGCGGACAAGCAGCCCAAGACGCUGUAUCUUAGCGCGGGCAGAGAUAAUGUGCUCAUCGAGGAUAAUGACGACAGAGAAGAUGAAGAGGACGCGGAGCCUGUAGAAAUGGAACUGUUUGGCAUAAAGCUAAACAGUAAAGAUAUGAGUAAAGCCAUUAGCAACGCUACAAAGGAGAGCGGCAAACCAACAAAAGUCGCUAUGCAACUUGACGAAGUUACGGAAAAAGUGAAUGAGGCAGCACAAUACGCGGGGUCACACAAACUACAAAAGAGGCAGCGUAUAAGAGAUCUACACAACAGCGAUCCCACUGAAGGCCUAAAUAUUCACAAGACAAAUGUUGAGAAGAAUAUGGAAAAAACCAAACUUACUGCUGGCUUUGAGCAACUCAAUGCUAUACCUACAGUCGCCAGGCGUAAGCAACCCAUUUUGAACAGAGCUGAGCGUGCUAAGACCAAGGGCAGCGGCUGGUUUGACUUGCCUGCCACUGAGAUCACAGAUGAGAUGCGCAACGAGCUAAAAAUUAUCCAAAUGCGUUCAGUGUUAGAUCCCAAGCAUUUCUAUAAGAAGAAUGACCUCAAGGUGCUGCCAAAGUACUUCCAAAUAGGCACAGUGCAACAUUCUCCGCUAGAUUAUUAUAGCGAGAAACACUCGCGCAAGACAAAGAAGUCACUGGUGGAUGAGUUGCUGCAGGAUGAAGCCUUCCAGAAGUUCAACAAACGCAAAUAUAAUGAGGUAAUCCAACGCACGGAUAAAUAUGCACAUCGUAAGACCAUGAAAAAAAUGAAGAAGCUUAAAAAGCGUAAAUAAAUAAAAUGUUUGUUUGAAUUAAAUAUUAUUAA